GAUCGUCAAAUAGUGCCCACAAGAUCAACUACAGCAGAUGGAUGAGAAAUAAUUUCCAUCAAUCAAAAGCAAUUACCUAAUUCCUGUGAUUCUCAUUUUCAGUUUUCAUCAAUAAUGGCAGCUGUCUACAGCUUCUACAUCAUCAAUAAAUCAGGAGGUCUCAUCUUCUACAAGGAUUACGGAUGUGCAGGAAGGAUGGAUACGAAUGAUAGCUUGAGAUUGGCGAGUUUAUGGCAUUCGAUGCACGCUAUCUCUCAGCAGCUAUCACCGAUCCCUGGUUGUUUAGGGAUCGAACUUCUUGAAGCCGAUAAUUUCGAUCUCCAUUGCUUCCAAUCUCUUACUGGGACAAAAUUCUUUGUGGUGAGUGAGCCGGGAACACUGCAUAUGGAUGGUCUCUUGAAACAUAUAUAUGAACUGUACACGGAUUAUGUUUUAAAGAACCCCUUCUAUGAAAUGGAGAUGCCCAUCCGGUGUGAGCUUUUUGAAAUCAACCUGACACAGGCAGUUCAGAAGGACCGUGUUGCCUUGUUGGGGCGAUGAAACUUUCCUUGAAAUGUGAGUUUGACUUGAGCUUCUUUUGAUCUAUUUUUGAUGUUUUAAAAGAAAAUUAUGAUCUCCAAGUUCGUUUUUGCAAGUUCAGUUUGAUAUUGUGCUACUUUGUUUGGAUUGAAUUGAUAUGUUCUAUUUAUAACAAGCCCAAUUGGACCAAACUACCUACUAUACUGUAAAGAAUGAAGUGCUGAAAAUUUGGAGUUUGCUUAUUUAGCAACUUUUUGACUUUUUUUUUAAUUGCUUUUUUGUCAAGGUA